AUGGAAACCACAAGGCUAUCCUUGCUCUCUCUUCUUCCUUUCCUUCUCCUCGCGAUCGCUGCCGCGGCAACCGGCGGCGAGCUCAGCACGUUCAUCGUCCACGUGCAAACGGAGGAGAACCGCGUGUUUGGCACCGCGGACGACCGGAAGGCGUGGUACCACUCGUUCCUCCCCGACCAUGGCCGGCUCGUGCACGCGUACCACCACGUCGCCAGCGGGUUCGCGGCCCGGCUGACGCGGCAGGAGCUGGAGGCGUUGUCCGCCAUGCCCGGGUUCCUCAGCGCGACCCGCGCCCGGACAUACACCACGCUCACGACGCACACGCCCGAGUUCCUGGGGCUGAACGUCGAGCAGGGGCGGCGGAACUACACGUCGGAGUUCGGCGCCGGGGUCAUCGUCGGCGUGAUCGACACCGGCAUCUUCCCGGACCACCCGUCCUUCAGCGACGAGGGCAUGCCGCCGCCGCCGGCCAAGUGGAAGGGGCGUUGCGACUUCAGCGGCACCUCGUGCAAUAAUAAGCUCAUCGGCGCCCGCAACUUCGUCGCCGCCUUCAACGGCCCGAACGGCACCUCCGCGGGGGUGCCGCCGGUCGAUGAGUUUGGGCACGGGACUCACACCGCAAGCACCGCCGCUGGAGCGGUCGUGCCGGGCGCUAACGUGCUUGGCAACGCAUGGGGCACCGCCGCCGGGAUGGCGGUCCGCGCGCACAUCGCCAUGUACAAGGUGUGCUACGGAAAAGUUGUAAUAGGGUGCGAGGAUGCCGACAUACUGGCCGGCAUUGACGCCGCCGUGGGCGACGGCUGCGACGUCAUCUCCAUAUCUCUCGGCGGGCCGUCGGUGCCCUUUCACCUAGACCCUAUGGCCAUCGGGGCGUUCGGCGCCAUCGAGAAGGGCAUUUUUUUGGGGAACGGCGCAUAUUUCCUCGGCGAGUCACUCUACCAGCGAGAUGCCGGUUUCUACCCGUUGGUCUACGCGGGCGCGACCGGGAAGCCAUUCACGGAGCUUUGCGGAAACGGCAGUCUGGACGGCUUCGACGUCAAGGGCAAGAUAGUGCUGUGUGAGCUCACGCGAAACAUCACGGUGCUCAACCAAGGUGAGGUGGUGGAGAGUGCCGGCGGCGUCGGCAUGAUCUUGGCGAGCCCGUUUUUCCGAGGGUACGACAAGUUAGCUCAGGCGAACAUCCUCCCAGCGUCGAGCGUCGACUACCUCGCGGGCGCAGCCAUUAAAUCCUACCUCAACUCCACGGCGAACCCGGUGGCGCGUAUGGGCUUCAAGGGUACAUUACUCGGCACGUCACCUGCUCCGUCGAUCGUCUUCUUCUCCUCUCGCGGGCCUAGCCGUCAGGGCACUGGCGUUCUGAAGCCCGACAUCACGGGCCCCGGAGUGAACGUGCUCGGGGCAUGGCCGUUUCAGGUCGGCCCACCAUCGGCGCCGGUUCUCCCUGGGCCGACCUUCAACAUCAUCUCCGGCACGUCCAUGUCGACACCGCACCUCGCCGGCAUCGCCGCUCUGAUCAAGAGCAAGCACCCGGACUGGUCGCCGACGGCGAUCAAGUCGGCCAUGAUGACGACGGCCGACAUCACCGACCGUUCCGGCCGUCCAAUACUCAACGAGCAGCGCGUGACGGCCAACCUCUUCGCCACCGGCGCCGGACACGUCAAUCCAAUGAAGGCCGCUGACCCUGGCCUAGUCUACGACAUUACUCCUGAGGAUUACAUCGGCUACCUCUGUAGCAUGUACACGAGCCAACAAGUGUCGGUGAUCGCGCGCCGGCGGAUCGACUGCUUGACCACCGUCGUGAUCAGCGACCGCCUGCUGAAUUACCCGUCGAUCUCUGUCACUUUUGUAGCAUCCUGGAAUUCGAGCGCGCCGGUGGUGGUAAGGCGCAAGGUGAAGAACGUCGGGGUGGUGCCUUCGGUGUACUACGCGGCGAUCGACAUACCGAGCAGCGCCGUAAGCAUGGACAUAUUUCCGAGGGAGCUUGAAUUCGUCGAGGAGGGCCAGGAGCUGACUUUCUCGGUAUACUUGUGGCCGAGGCAGAGUGCUACGAGGGUGGUGCAGGGUGCUCUGCGAUGGGUGUGCGAGAAGCACACCGUACGGAGCCCAAUCUCUGUCACCUUUGCUUGAUCAGACUUGAUUUUCGGCAUGAGAGAUGGAAGGAUCCAAGAGCAAAAUAAAGAAAUGACUUUCAGGAGGAACGCCACCAUCUCGAGGCCGAAUUUGGGCAGGGGCAUUUUUGCCCUCCUGUGAAGCGAUUCUGUCAGGGAAAAUUCCCUCUGGGAGGGGGAAAUUGAAGCCAUCGUCAUCACCAACAACCCUCUUAUCUUUCGGAGGCCAAUCUUCAACAGCACGAUCUCAUCUCAAACCCUAGUUCAUCACAUGUGUUCAAUGUUUGUAUCAAAACCUCGGAUUGGUACCUGUGGGUGACUAGUAGUAUUGAUUACAUCUAGUAGUUGAUGCUAGAUGGUUUAUUUGA